AUGCAAUUGACCUCCCUCCGGCGGUCCCUUGCGCUACUCCAGCGUGCUUCUACCCGGUCGUGCAUCACUGCAAGCUCCGGUCGUCGGGCUAUCCAGACCGUCAGCUCUCAAGCGAACAUUCCCGACUUUGCCUUCGCAUUCGAUAUUGAUGGCGUCCUUCUACGAUCCUCCAAGCCCAUCCCCGGAGCAGCUGAGUCAUUGGCUUUGUUGAAGGAGCAGAACAUCCCGUUCCUUCUGUUGACAAACGGCGGUGGAAAGCACGAAACGGAGCGAGUGGCUGAGAUUAGUGAGAAGCUGAAUGUUCCCCUGGACGCAGAACUGAUCGUCCAGAGUCAUUCGCCCUUCGCAGAGCUGGUGCAUGGGACGGAGGGUCCAGGCCCCUUGGAGAACAAGUGCGUGUUGGUCGUGGGAGGAGAAGGCGACCGCUGUCGCCAAGUGGCACAUCAGUAUGGCUUCAAGAAUGUGGUGACUCCUGGCGACAUCUACAUGGCAAAUCCAGCCGUCUGGCCCUUUCGGUCGUUCAAGGACUACUACGAAAAGAUCUCCAAGCCCUUGCCAAACCCGAAAGACCCUAGUGACCCUUCGAGGGGGCUGAAGAUCGAUGCGAUUUUUGUCUUCAACGACCCGCGCGACUGGGCUCUGGACGCGCAGAUUAUCACCGACCUCUUGCUCUCCUCGCAGGGUGUUAUCGGAACGCUUUCGGAGAAGAACGGCCGGACUGAUCUUCCGAACCAUGGCUAUUUACAAGAUGGCCAGCCGCACCUUUACUUCUCGAAUCCUGACCUCUGGUGGGCUGCGAGUUACCAUCUGCCUCGUCUUGGCCAGGGCGGAUUCCGCGAAUCCUUGGAAGGUAUCUGGACGGCAGUGACCGGAGGUCCCGACAAAGGUGUGAAGCUCAAGAAGACCGUCAUUGGCAAACCUUAUCAAGGAACAUACGAGUUUGCGGAGCGUCAAUUGUUGCGCAACCGGGAGAGGAUGUUUGGCGCCAAAGUCCAGCCACCCUUGAGAAAUGUCUACAUGAUUGGUGACAACCCGGAGUCGGACAUUUGCGGUGCCAACAGCUACCGCAGCGGACAUGGUAGCAAGUGGCACUCCAUCCUCGUUCGAACUGGUGUUUACAGUGGCGGUGAACCGACAUGGACCCCUACAACCAUUGUCGACAACGUUCGCAACGCGGUUGAGUGGGGAAUCAAGAGCUCCCAGUGGCGGGCAUGA